UGCAGAUGCUCCUGGACAAGCUGGCGUCAUGUAGCCGAAUAUCGCUUCGUAGUUGCCAAACGUUUGUUGGGCGAGGAAAGCCGACUAUUGGUGUCCGACGUGAGACGAUAAAUGCUUGGGAAAGGCGAGCACCGUUAGCGCCAACACAUGUGAAAAAGUUGACGAAAGCCGGUGUGACUGUGCUUAUCCAGCCCAGCAAUAGAAGAGUUUUCCCAGUGCAGGAUUAUGUUGCUGCUGGCGCGACUGUCCGGGAAGAUCUAUCGGAUGCCCAGCUAAUUAUGUCGGUAAAGCAGGUACCCGUCGACCAACUCAUAGCUAACAAAACUUACGCAUUUUUCUCCCAUACCAUCAAAGCUCAACCGGAUAACAUGGAAAUGCUGGAUACCAUUUUGCAACGAAAAAUUCGUUUGAUUGACUAUGAGAAAAUAGUUGACAAAAACGGCAAGCGUCUGGUCAUGUUUGGCAAGUGGGCAGGAAACGCUGGUUUCAUAGAUAUCUUACAUGGUCUUGGGCUUAGAUUGUUAGCUCUUGGUCACCAUACUCCUUUCCUCCAUAUGGGUCUAGCUCACAACUACAGCGAUUCGCAUAUGGCUAUAAAUGCAUUGAGAGGUAUUGGUUACGAAAUUGCCUUGGAUAAAAUGCCUAGGUCACUGGGUCCAUUGAUCUUCAUAUUCACUGGUUCCGGCAACGUUUCACGCGGCGCUCAGGAGCUUUUCGAACAUCUCCCUCACGAAUUUGUUGAUGUUGCAAUGUUGCCAAAGGUUGCUCAAAAAGGACAACUAACCAAAGUUUACGGAUGUGUUGUCACUCGAGCCGACCACAUGGUUCCAAAGAAUGGAGGUGCGUUCAAUAAAGCUGAGUUUGAGGAACAUCCAGAACGAUACAUUUCAAAAUUCGCUACUGAGAUCGCACCUUAUGCCACUGUCAUAAUCAACGGAGUAUAUUGGGAUGCACGGACUCCGAGGCUGAUCACGAUUCCUGACGCUAAGCACUUGCUCACACCUCAGCAUAAGUAUGAGGUUCCCGGAUGUCCCACAUUACCACACCGACUGGUCGCAAUCUGUGAUAUAUCUGCUGAUCCUGGAGGCUCGAUAGAAUUCAUGAACGAAUGCACUACGAUAGACAAGCCGUUCACUAUCUACGAUGCUGAUUUCCAUACCACAACAGAUAGCUUUGAUCUUCCUUCCGGCUGCCUCGUUUGUAGUAUUGACAACAUGCCAGCACAGAUGCCCUUGCAGGCCACAGAACAGUUUGGAAAUCUGCUGUAUCCUUACAUUUUUGAUAUGUUGAAUUGUGCCACGGAGCAGCCGUUUGAUCGAUUGGUGUGUCGACCAGAGGUGAAAGGCGCGAUCAUCACAAAUGAGGGAAGACUAACACCUAAUUAUGAGUACAUUGCUGAUCUUCGCAGUGCAAAGGCUGCUGCUUCUCAUCACAAAGCGCGCGUAAUGGGAGCUGACGAGAAAAAAGUACUGCUACUUGGCGCUGGAAUGGUCAGCGGACCAUUCGCUGACUUCUAUUCGAAGCAAGCCAAGGUACACGUGACUGUGGCCACCGAGUCUCGUGAAGACGGUCAUCGUCUAGCAAAGAGUGAUAACAUCACUCCGCUUGUUGUCGAUGUAGCCAGGGAACAUGACGUAUUGGAGCAGCUAGUGAGGGAACAUGAUCAAGUGGUUUCACUGCUUCCAUUUGGCUUCCAUCCAAUGGUGGCCAAGAUGUGCAUCAAGAAUAAGACAGAUAUGGUCACAUCCAGCUAUGUUUCACCAGAACUGCAGGCCUUGGAUAGCGCCGCACGGGAAGCUGGAGUAACCAUUAUGAACGAAUCAGGUCUGGAUCCUGGAAUCGACCAUAUGUUAGCUAUGGAAUGCAUCGAUGAAGUCAAGGAACAUGGUGGAAAGAUAACUUCUUUCGUUUCCUUCUGCGGUGGUCUUCCUGCUCCUGAAGCUUCCGACAAUCCUCUGCGAUACAAGUUCAGCUGGAGUCCGAAGGGAGUGCUCACAGCGCUCCUAAAUCCAGCGAAAUACCUGCAAGAUGGAAAGGUUGUGGAAAUUACAUCCGGAAAAGUUGUAGAUCACCUGUACCCGAUUGACUUCAUGCCCGGCUUCAAUCUGAUUGGCUACGGUAACCGAGACUCCACUAAGUACUCUGAGAUCUAUGGGUUGGGAUCAGAUUGCAAGACCAUGAUACGAGGAACGCUGCGAUACAAGGGUUUCGUAGAAUCAGUAAAAGCAUUGGACAGCGUUGGUCUGCUGAGUACUAAACCGCAAGAUAUCUUCAAUCCCAACCUAGGUCCCGAUCCUACUUGGAAACAGCUAAUGGCAUCUCUCCUUAAUCAGCGACAGGACAUCUUUCCUGAUUCGCUUAGAAACAUUGCUGCUGAAAAAGUCGGUGGUGUAAACUCCGCAGGCAUGAAAGCACUGCAAGAGCUGGGCCUCUUCAGUGAUAAUGUAGCCGACAGACAUGGAAAUGCGCUGGAUACUCUUGCUCCGUAUUUGGCUAAGAUCCUCGCCUUCAACGAGAACGAGCGCGAUUUGGUGGUCCUAAAUCACGACAUUGGAGUGCGAUUACAGAGUGGAAGUCUGGAGCGUCACAGAGUCAGCAUUGUCGCCUACGGAGAGCCCAAUGGCUUUUCUGCAAUGGCUCGAACUGUUGGGUACACUUGCGCAGUUGUAUCGAACAUGGUCCUGCAAGGUGAAAUCCAAAAACCUGGAGUUCUUCGACCUGUAACCAAGGAGAUUUAUCGACCAGCACUGAAGCGUAAGAUGGCCUUUCCUGCAUCUGCUGGUCGAGGAGUGACACAGGUGAUCGACAGAUGCGAAGCGGCAAAGACCUCUGGGUUUUUAGAUCUAUCAUCUUGCACAUUGAUGUACAUUGCUGAUGCUAUAUAUCUUGUCUUGAAAGGAUUUGAAGUCACUAAGGUUAGUUUGCGCAACAACUGCCUGAAGAAAUUUCCAAAGAAGAUGAUCAACAAGUUUCCCAAUGCUACAAUAUUCAACAUGGAAGGAAACGAGAUUGAGGAAAUUCCAGAGGAGUUUGAGCAAUGGACUUUAAUGCGGGGAAUAAAUGCGGCUAACAAUAAACUAACUACGUUCCCUCAUGGUAUAUUCAGUAUGAAAAAUCUCGCUAUACUUGAUCUUUCGGGAAAUCGAAUUGAAGAGAUAGAUGUCGACCGUUUAUAUACGUCCUGCCCAGCGUUACUACAACUGAACUUGAUGGGAAAUCCACUGAAGUCUGAGACAAAGUCAAAACUCCGAACAUCGCCAUCGAAACCCGCUAAAAUUUCGCUCAAAGUUGAUUGAAUCAGAACAGAUGAACGAAUCUCAAAUGUGCCAAUAGAGUGUUGCUCAGUGCCAAAGCUACCGGUUGCUCAAGUGUAUUUUUUUGCAUAACAUCGGUCAAGUAUAUUUUUGUCGUUGUAAGAUGACCUGCUGUACAUUUGAUAUAUUCCUGAAGUCUUCAUUUUUAAAACUGCAGAAAUUGUACGUGACA